UUUUACAUCGAGCCUCGAUCCGGCCUGCCUAUUACCUUCUAUUUUUUGUUACCCACUCGUCACCGCAUUUAAUUAUUUUUAGGGCAAAUAAUUCCCCCAAUUUCGUUGCCUCUUUCCCUCUCUCCCUUUCGCUCUCCAUUCACGAACCUUCAAAAUCGUAAUUCAUAUCUCCGUUUAUCACUGUCUCAAAUGUCUCAGGUUGAUAAUAGAAAUUCUUCGGCUGCCAAGCGUGCUAGAACGGAUGGUAGUCGUAGGGAAGAUGAUUGGACAUGCCCUAGUUGUGGGAAUGUCAAUUUUUCAUUUAGGACUACUUGUAAUAUGCGCAAUUGCACUCAACCCAGGCCAGCUGAUCAUAAUUCUAAAUCUGCCGCCAAGCCUCUACAAGCCCCACAGAAUUACUCAUCAUCUGCUCCUUACGUAGGUCCUGGUGCACCAUCUUCAAUGUAUAUGGGUGUACCACCUUAUGGGUCUUCCCUCUUCAAUGGUCCUUCUAUUCCUCCAUAUGAAGCUCCUUUUUCUGGAGGAUCAGCUUAUCAUUACAAUUAUGGCAAUCGUCUUCCCGGUGGCAGUCCCUUUCAGCCUUUGCAUAUGUCUGGACCACCCCCUUAUUCUGGUGGCUCUAUGAUUGGAAAUGGUGGGAUGUAUGGCAUGCCUCCUUUGAUGGACCGGUAUGGCUUGGGCUUGCCCAUGGGUCCCCCUCCAAUGGGACCAAGGCCAGGGUUUUUUCCAGAUGAUAAAUCGCAGAAAAAGGGUGCUGAUGCUACACGUGAUAAUGAUUGGACAUGCCCUAAAUGUGGGAAUAUUAACUUCUCUUUUAGAACUGUCUGUAACAUGCGGAAAUGCAACACACCUAAGCCUGGGCCUCAGGCUGCAAAACAAGAUAAAAAUUCAAAACAAAAAAUGCCCGAGGGAAGCUGGAAGUGUGAGAAAUGUAGCAAUAUUAACUAUCCUUUUAGGACAAAGUGCAACAGACAAAAUUGUGGGGCUGAAAAACCGGCUGAGUCAAAGAAGUCCCCCUCACCAACAGCAAAUGAAAGCGAUCAGGUUCGUGGUCUGAUGCAUUUUCUCUAUUGUCUGGUUUGUUACUUGAAGUUGUUUUUGUUGACCACAUUUGUACAAAUUAAGAACGCAGUUAGUUUUCAAUACUUCAAAUUAUCCCUGGUUAAAGAAUUGUUCGAGCUAUCCCUUCUCUCAAUUUCACUCAAGUAUUUUCAACUAUUCCUAUAUUCAGUGAAUUGUAGUACACACUACACACACUCAUGAAUGUUACCUUAGUUACUCUUUCUUUUUUCUCUUUCUUGCCAUUGAUUUUUUAUUAUCUACUGUUCCAGUGAGUACUAGGACAUGUUUGAGGGUUGAGAAGGUCCAGAGUCGUCGUCCAGCGUUGCUCAGUAUGGGUGUCUGAAAGUCAGUCUUGUCGUCCUCAUGUUGCUGCGGUUAUCGAGUUACUCUACCUUCUCAUGAUCAGUGUCCAGUUGUAUUAAUGCUAUGGUAUUUCCGGUCUUUAUGGAUCAUAGAUGCAUCAUUGUGUCAGCCAUCUAAUCUGGAAAAGAUUUUAAUGUUGAUUCUGGUUUUAUCUAUUAGUUAGGUUUUGUACUUUGGAAUCAACUCAUCUAUUCUAGUGACAAUGUUACUAUGGACUUAGAUAUGUUGCUACACUUGCCAAGUGGGGAAAAAAUACUACUGUUGGCUGCACAUUUCUGUUUUUUUCGUUCGAUUUUUCUACUUGUCCAUUUUGAGUUGUCGUUGUUUUAACGGGAAACUUCUGUUAGAAAUAACAAGUACUUAGCCUCAAA